AUGCUGGACACUGCUAGCAACCAGUAUGACUCCUUCUUAUUUUGGAGGCAGCCCAUUCCAGCGCUUGACCUCUCAGAACUUGAGGACUUGGGCUUGUGUGAGUCAAAACCAGUCAAAUGCACUCAGCACACAAAGACACAGAAGAGCUCCCCAAACCAUCAAGAGCAGAAGGAGGAGGAGAUGGAAUUGUCUGAUUUCACCACUUUCAACUACUGGAAGGAGCCCAUCCCUCGUAUUGACACCUUGGAUUUUAAUCUGAUCCUGUGA